CAGUAACAGGAACGUCAACGGCCGACAGGGAUACUGUGAGAUGCUCGACGAUUCGAUCUUUGUAGUGUUUACUAAGGCGCCUCGUCCAGCGUAAUGCCGCGACAGUUGCCUUGGAAGAGUGGCAACCGCACGCAAACAAUAAAGACGACCAAGAGACCGAACGACAUCGACGAAGACUCCAUCGACGGGACAAGACUCAGUGGUGGAAAUAAAAGUAAGGGCAGAGCAAAGGCAUCAGUCUCACCCGACUCACUGCCAGAGCUUUCAUCCGGACCAUCGCCAGCGAAGAACACCGACUCUAAACGAGCUACCUCUUCUUCGCCGCCUCCUCUGGCAGAAGAUGCACUUUCCAAUGCCGAACCCAUCCGCAAAGGCGUGUCGAAAUUUGACCUUCGAGACGAUGAGUGGAUGAUGGUCGAAGAUGAGUUUCUCGAGACCGCCAAGCUGUUCACGCGACAUUUGCGCAUUGCAGAGUACGACCGUCUGAAGGAGACUAUCGAAGCAAAGAAGAAAGAAGCUGAGACAGCGAGACCUGUUGUUCUGGGCGCCAAGCGCUCUGAGGAGGGUGCGAUGAAAGAGAGGGUGAGGCUGCAAGACAGCAAGCAAAAGAAAGCCAUCCGAGAUGUAUUCGCUUCACAAGGAGAUUCUAGCGGGGAUGACAAAGUCUCACGUCGUCCUAGACCAAGCAGGACUAUCUUAGCUGUGAAGCCUCGCACAGUCGCUAGCCAGCCGCAAGAUACGGAUAGUGAUGACCUGGACGCCCCCCGUCCAUCGAAACCUAGGGUUGCAGCUUCUGCGUCGACAGCAAAUCUCAAAGAAGAACCUGCUCCUAGACCAUUCACAACCUCCUUUGCCAUCCCAGCCAUCCCAGCCCCCACAGCGUCAGGACGACCACGCAUGCGCCCUUCGAGAAUGACACCCUUCGACAUGCUCGACGCCUAUACGCCCCCAUCCAAACCUCCCUCGCAACCGUCGUCAUCCCCCCACUCACCCCAACCCGCCAAACCAACACAAUCCCGACGCUCUCUCGACCUUUUCGACGAGCGAGAGCCUUUAUCAGGAGCGAGCAAAGAAGCUGCCGACCGGCUCGCGAAGCGGAAGACCGAGCGGGGCGACGGUGGGCCGAAGAAGAAGACUACGCGGAUCGAUGACAUACCCACGUUUCUGUUUUGACAUGGCUCGUUUAGUGGCGUUUGGCAAGAUACCCUUGUGUUUUGUGAAUAAGUAAUGGUAGAACAAUUAGACUGGUGGACUUUAUGGACGCGUUCUUCUUAGUAGAGAGAGAGCUUGUUGAAGAUAUUGUACCGGCGUGAUGAGGAGGUUAAUAAGGAUUAGAAGCAACGGCGUGGGCCACAUCGAUAACGGAGAACCCAUUGAUUAGAGGAUAUAAUUACUGCACGUUCAAGCGAGUUAGUAGAUAUUUAGUAAUGUCUUUGUUUGCUGCGCUUUUCAGACAUCAAUCAGAUAGCCACAAAAUCAAAUUGAG